AUGGCAUGUGCAAAUUUUUAUUGCGCUAAUAGAAUAAUCGAAGAAUUUAAAUGCUGAUCAUGUGAGCAGCUUAUUUACUGCUCACAAGGAUGCAUGACUCAAGACUGAAUAACUUACCACCAGUUCACUUGCAGAUACGCUCAAAAAUUAUCGCUGAAUGAUUUCUGUGAAGUUCAUGACAUUUCUCUAAAAAUUUUAGGAAAAGGCUCUUAUGGCGAGGUUCGGCUUUACAAACAAAAAUCUACGUCUCAUCUAUUUGCCAUCAAAGAAAUCAGGAAAAAAUUAGUGAAAAAACACUCUUCUGUCAUAUCAUUAUUACGAGAAAUAAAUAUCCAUAAAAUCCUUCACCAUCAUAACAUAAUCCAGCUUCCUCGUCAUUUUGAGAACGAAAAAAGUGUUUUUUUACUGCUUGAAUAUGCCCCUAAUGGAAAUUUAUAUAAACUGAUCAGACAAAAGCAAGGCUUAUCAGAAGAAAAAGCAUGGAAGUUUUUCUCACAAACAUGCAUAGGGCUAAAAUAUUUGCAUGACAAUGGAAUAAUCCACAGAGAUUUGAAGCCAGAAAAUCUAUUAUUAGAUAAGGAAAAUAAUAUGCUGGCUUACUCCCCCCCAUCCUUAUUGAACGGCUCUCCAUCGUUCGAUCAAGGAUGGGGGUUAAAAAAAAAUUUAUAUAUAAAAAAAAAAAAUAUAUAUAUAUUUUUUUUAUUUACUUUUAAAUAAGAGUAUUUUCACAGCAAAAAAUUGAAUUUAAUUUCAUAAGAAUACCAAUUUUUAAUAUUUUGAUUUUUUGGUUACCCCUUAAAAUGUAUAAAAUUUUAAUUUGUUUCUUAUUGAAUUAAAAAUUUUAAAUUUUUAAAGAAUCUCUAUUUUUUUAGAUUGUUAAGUUUUAAGCCCAGAUUGUGACUAAAGCACUUCGGAUGCUUGAUUUCGUAGCUUUCUGUCGUCUCAAAGCCUCUGAAACAACUUCAUUAGGCACAUUUCCCAAGCUUUUGAUAACUAAUAUACUUUUAUAUAUAUAAAAAUUUGCAUGAUAUGAAAAUCGUUCGAUCAAAGAUGGGGGUUAAUUUUCACAAUUUUUAGGAAUUUUUACAGUCAAUCGUUCAAUCAAGGAUAGGGGGGAGUUAGAAAAAUUAAUUUUUUUUAUAAUAAAUAAAAUAAUAAAAAGAUAAUCAUUAUAAAUUUGUAUAUAAAAAUCUGUGACUUUGGAUGGUGCGUACAAACUAAAGAAAUUCGGAAAACAUUUUGUGGGACUUUAGAUUACAUGGCACCAGAAAUGCUAGAAAAUAAAGGACACUUUUUUGAAGUGGAUUUAUGGGCUAUGGGAGUUUUAUUAUACGAGCUAAUUCAUGGGUAUCCACCUUUUAGAGCUACCAAAGAUAGCGAAAAAUGCCAGCAGAUUUUAUCACGUGAGAUAAUAUUUGGAUCAUUUGUUAGCGCUGCAGCUAAAGACUUGAUAUUAAAACUUGUGAGGGUGGAUCCUUCUAAAAGAUUAAAACUUAAUAAAAUUUUGGUGCAUCCAUGGAUUAUGAAAUAUGCACCAAAUUCAGGGUAUAGUGAAAAUAUGAAAAUAAGACACAAAGAGAAAGGAGUAGGGGUUAUUACUGAUAUAACUGGGCUAUUGUGUACUGUUUUUUAUAGUGAUUUGAAUUUAUAUCAGUAUUAUGCAGUGCCUGAUUUGCCAUUUUUAAUAGAAAUUAUCUUUGACGACCCAGAAAGACCAUUAAAUAGCCUUAAUCCUUUUCUCUAUUUUUUUACGCAAAAUAUAUUAUCUUAUUUUUUUAUUUUAAUGUUUUAAAUUUAAUUAGGUUAUCACUCACAAAGGAGUCAACCUUUUUCAUCAUCUUAAUUUUAAAUAAUUUUUCUUACAGGAAGUUAGGAAGUUAAAAACAAUGGCAGCAACCCCUAGAAAAAUGAAGCGAAAAAGAACUAAAUCAAUUCAAUGCUUUGAAGAUGUUAUGAAUAGAUUUAAGGAAGAAGGCUAUAUGAAUAGAAAAGUAGAGUCAUCUGAAAAUUUUACAAAAAAUGCCAAUGUCGAAAAAAAUCUAAAAAUAAAACGAAUAAAUACAAAUGAAAGUGUAAAUUCCCAGCAAAAUGAUUCAAUAAGAUCAACUCUUGAUACAAGUGUAAUUGCUUUACAAGAAAAAGAACAAGAGCUUCGCAGGUUAACUUGGAGUAUUGAAAACAACUCAAUCAAAAAGAAAAAGAGUGAAUCUUUGACAGAAACCAGAAAAUCAGGCUAUUUUGAUUAUUUCGCCCAGUUAUUUUGGUGCUCACAAAGAAAGACAGCUUAA